AAUGUCUGACAAACAAGCUGUCAGGUAGAAAAAUAAAAUCUCUAAACAAAACAAAGUUGCUACGCAUCUCCCAAAAUUCUUCAAUUAUUCCUACUUUUUUGGUACGAAACGUUCACUAAAUAAUCGGCAAAGAUGGGGAAAGGAUUUAACAAUUACAUGUGCAAGAAGUUUUUCCAUCCUGCCUCAAGAGAUAACCUCAAACGGGUAUGGAUGGCAGAGCAGCAAGCAGAAGCGUAUAAGAAAAAACAGGAAGAGCUGCGGAACCAGUAUGAAAAGGAACAGGAACUGCACGACAACAAGGCCAUGCUCAGCCGGGACAGCAAGGACAAGCUGAGUGUUAACUUUAUGUACGAACUUCCACCUGGCAUGAAGAAGGAGCGCGAGCAGGAAUCAAACGAGUCCGAGUACAAGUUUGAAUGGCAACGCAAAUACAAUGCACCGCGUGAAAGCUACUGCAAAGGGGACACCGAAAUUCGCGACCAACCGUUCGGUAUACAAGUGCGCAAUGUGCGGUGCAUAAAGUGUCACAAAUGGGGCCACAUCAAUACGGACAAAGAAUGCACCAUGUACAGUCUGUCGAUGAGUGAGGCGAAGAAAAUUCAUUCCGAAGCGGAAGCAAACCAGAUUCUGUCCAAAGGUGAACUGGAGCAGCAGCUGCGAGACGAUGGGCUUGCAAUGAAACGUAGCGCCCAGGAGUUGGUCACAUCACACAAGCUCGUGGCAGAUCCGGAAACUGAACAAGCCGUACCGGAGACAGAAUUCAUCCGCUCGCUGACAAAAAAGCAAAAGAAGAAGCUGUUGAAAAAGUUGGAAAAAAUCGAGAAACGACAGCGUUCGUCCAAAAAGAAGAGUAAGAAACGACCUAGUAGUAGUAAGACCGAUAGCAGUAGUAGUGGUAGUGAUAGUGAUUCGGCUUCAUCCGACUCGGAGAAGGAAGUUAGGGGUUCAAAAAAGAAAGCCAAACAGUCACACCAUCAUCGAUCGGAUUAUCGGAAUGGUGGUGAGCGGAAGGAGCGUGAACGUGUAGCAGUAAAUGAACGGCGCGACAAACAUCGGCACCGUAGCCGUUCACGGUCUCCACACGCUGGAUCGUCACGCAACUAUGAAACGACAAAACACAGCAAGCGUCGUGAUCGUUCCGCUAGUCCACGUAAGGAUCGUAGUAGGCGUUAGAAAUGGAUGUAUUCACAGUGUAUACAACUUCAUAUCAGCUAAACACAGGCAGAACAACCUCUUACUUACGGACCAUGUGAUUGUAUUGCCCCAAGCCCGAAAGUUGCUCUAACCUCACCGACUCUUAACGACAAAAUGAAAGCAAAAAAAAGGUUUAGAAUUAAUUUUGUUUAUUGGAAAAUUUCAAAACUUCGCUCAACAUAUCGUAUAAAUAGGAUCCACACAGAAUUAAAA